AUGACAGUUUCUGAAGGCUCUACUUUCCCCCAAGGCGUCAAGUUCAAUUACGUCCCUUACACUCCUGAGGACUCUGAUGUCCUCGCGUGUGGUGUUCCUAUCUCCAUGGACCUCGACAAGGAGAUUGCUGGCAAGAAGGUUGUCCUGGUUGCCGUUCCUGGUGCAUUCACGCCUACUUGCACAGCCAAUCAUAUCCCCCCCUUCCUUGAGAAGAUCAACGAGCUCAAAUCCAAGGGUGUUGACGAGGUCAUUGUCCUCUCUGCCAACGACCCGUUCGUCAUGUCUGCGUGGGGUAAGGCACUCCACGGCGCUGACAAAGUGAAGUUCGUGUCUGAUCCAAACAGCCAGUUCGCCAAGGCCAAUGGGCUGGACCUCGACUUGACUGACAAAGGAAUGGGUGUCCGAGUCAAGCGCUUUGCUGUCAUUGUUGAUAAAGGCAAGGUCACCUACAUUGGUGUCGACCCUCAGGGCGUUGAGAAGUCUGGUGUUGACGCCGUUGUAGCUAAACUAUAA